CUUUGAGAAAUUGAGAUGACAGUAGCGUGCGUCGUGAGACUUUUUUGAUUCUCUUGUUCAAAGACCGAGAUGUCGAUCCAUGUCAGCUGGCCUUUAUCUAAUCCUGGAAGCUAUUCGGGACCCAGCAGCCUUGACAAAUCUUUUUAGUCUAGCAUAGCAGAUGGGAGUUGGACGCGGCUAGUGAAAUAGCAAUUCUGAGACUCUGUCGUGAAGUUGCCAGCUGAAACUAGCGACCGACGCUGCCGAAGAGGCUUGGAAGAGGUCACGUUAUGGACUAUAAUCAGGGGAUCCAGGAGAGUGUCUUGGUAACCCUCUGGCCGGCAAAUCUUGUCGGUUCGCGUCCCGUCGCGGAACAACCUCCAAACCGAGAGAUUGCCGCGCACGUGCCUCGUGUGCCUGGAUCUGAGAGAUUCUAGUGUUGCUAGCGCAGCGGUCCAGCAAUGCUUAUUUUGACAUUCGAAGGGUGGUGCACUGGUGUUGAAGAUGCGGCGUUUUGUGUUGGAUCACCAACAGGGAAAAGCCGAGGCCUGUAACGCGGUUGUCCGGAAAAACGACCCAUUCCGAGCAGCAGUGGGCAAUCCAAUCCGGGGCGAGGUCGGGUCUGGGGGAGCUCUGGGGAAGCUGUCCGGGGAAGCGGAGCUGGCCGCAACACCAAGCCCACCAGAGCCGUUUUGUCCUCGGUUACCCCACAGUUCGUGGCACGACAUGCGGAGCGCUUCACAGGCCACACACACCACCAUUGGCCGCUAAUCACACGAGAAACCACCACAUGCCGAACCACUUGCUCCUCCCGCUCUGCCCAUCAUGUUCUCUCCUGGCCAGUCUGCCAGUUGUGCCCAACGCACCUGCUCUGCCUUUGCCAUACAUCAAUUCGUAUGUUUUCUUCUCUUUGUCCCACUCUCCAGAAAGUUCCCACCUUUUCUGGGCUGGCCAUCUACAAGCAUCUAUCCCUGAAUCUACAUACGCCGGAGAGAGAGAGGGGUAUCUUAUCCUCCCCACGCUCUAAUUUGCUUGUCGAUCUCUUGUCAUCUCAUCCUUGCAUCUACUCCAUACAACUACGUCUUCUUCCCCACGGGGCAACCUCCUCCCGCGGCAACCGAAGUGGGAAUAUAAACACUCCCCUUCGUCCCUGAUUUCUGUCCUCUCGACCUGACCUUGACAUCAUCGCUUCGUUAUACACACUUCAACAGUUCUCGCCCGCACUUCAAGAUACCCUUUUUGUUGGUUUUGUGCUGUUUCGGUUCCUUGUAACAAACCACCACAUUUCCACCCCCCACCCUUUUUACGUACUACUACAACUACCAAGGACGGCAAACCACCACUCUGUCGAACCACCUCCGACUACCGAGAGAGAACACCUUUACUCUACCAAAAAUGGCCUCUACUCAGCAGCAAUCCCGCCUCCUUUCCACCUCUGCCCGCGUGCACCCCCCUUACCUUCCUCACCUUUACACCGCGGCUACCAAACCAUCCCCUGUAGCAAGGGGCAUCAAGUGGGUCCCAUCUCUCGCAGGCGCCCUCGCAGCAGGCUACGUAGCCGUCUCAACCUACCGCACCUCCGCCGCCGCCGCCCAGCAACGACAGGCCGAGGCUGAGCAGGCUGAUCUGGAGAGAAGACGACAGAACGCCGCUUUGGCGGACGCCUACGGGGACAGGAGCAGCUUGGAGGAGCUGGAGAGGGCGAUGAGGGUGUAUGAGGCGCAGCGGGGCAACAACUAAGCAGGGGUGAUGUUGCCCAGGAAGAGGGGGACUGACUGAUGAGCGGGCUCUUGGAGGGUUCUCUCGUACUGACAGGGCAAUGACAUGGGGAAAUGGGAAAUGCGGUGGAAUUUGGCUUUUUGAUAUCUUGUUUUGGUGUUUUUCUGGGUUGGUUUUUUGAAAGGCAUUAGCAUGGGUUAUGAAACUGGAUGGAUGGGGCUGGGCAAACGGGCACAAGGCACACUUUCUGGCGGGGCGUUUUUGGAUGGACAAUCUGA